GCAUUGAGUGUUGUCCACAUGUAGUUUGUGCCGAAGUCCGCACAACUUGCCAAAUUUUGGAGAAAUUAUUAAAUUAAAAUAACUCAGAUAAAUUUGCAUCAGGUGUCCUAUAACAGAGGGUCACACUGCAAUUUGGGUCUACUGAUAUACAUAAUUCAGACCUAAAUUGCCAAGUAAAUCUCUGUUAUUGGACACUUGAACCCAAUAAUUUCUACUAUAAAAUGCCAUCUAGCUCGCUUUUAGAGUCCUGCCCCAAAGAAUCGGAAGCAAUCGCACAGCAAGCGAUGGGACACGACGGCCACGAAACUUCCCCAGCACCUGUUACCACAAACCUCUUCCUGCAAAUCGUCGAACACCCUGACGGCACCAUCAGCCGCCCCUUCAUCCCCUUCAUCCCCCCCACAGACCACAUCGACAGCGCACUUGUCCGCUCCCGAGACGUUCCCCUCAAUUCUUCUUUCAAAACCUCCCUCCGCCUCUACCUUCCUUCCUCCCCACAAAAGCUCCCAAUCAUCCUCUUCUGCCAUGGCGGCGGCUUCAUCCUCUUCAACUCCGGCUCCGCCCCUUACCACUUUUUCUGCGAGCAAAUGGCCAAAUCCCUCUCCGCUCUCGUUCUCUCCCUCGACUACCGCCUCGCACCCGACCACCGCCUCCCUGCCGCCUACAACGACGUCCUCGAUGCCAUCCUCUGGCUCCGAGCCCAAGCCGCUGCCGAUUCCUCUGCACGGGAUCCGUGGCUCACGUCCCACG